CUAUACGCCUCAGCUGUGUGUAAUCAUCAUCCGCUGAUAAAACAGCUGGGGAUGCCUGGAAGAGCACUCAGCCCGUUCACUUCAGAGUUGGUUCUUUUGAGGUGAUGUGCUAGCGUCGCAUUGCCAUUCUCUGAUAGUGAUCGGAUUCCUGUAGGUUUUUUGUUUUGUUUGGCUGUGCUCUGACUGCAACAUGAGGAUGCUUGAUAAAAGUUUGUUAUGGAACGUGAUGGCUGCGUUAAUCCUCCUGGUUCAAGCAAAGCCGAAUUUGAAGCACAAUUCGCAGUCAAGCAGUGGAUUAACGACCGACUGUGUGGGUAAUCUAAUGAGGCUUUCGUUAGACAAGGCUCUAGCAGUGGGGAACCAGCUCGAGGUGGAGGCCAUCAAUGGCACCCAGCACAUUUUGAUUACACCCAGCUUGGCUGCUCGGUGUGGAUACAGCAUGGAGUCUGACCCCUGGGGCAACACAAGAAUCUACACCUCUCUAUUGGGCUGCUAUGUGAACAAUAAAGAAGAUUCAUAUGAUGUUGGCUUGAGACUCAAAAUGUACAGCGCGGGUCAAUCAGAUGUGAUCAGCCAUGAUGUGACUCAGACUUGCAGCUACCCUCGAUGGGCCUCCAGAGAGAUUCUUUGCGAUAGGAACUAUAUGGAGGUGUCAAACCACUUGGCUACGCCCAAUGCUAAGGGACAGGCUCAGAAUGUUAAAGACAGCUCCACGCUUGACUCCAUUCAUGAUGACUCAGAAGAACUUGGUAUCUGGAAGGUAACAUUUAACACCCCACAGCUAGUGACCAUGAUGCUGAAGGAGGUCGAACAAGCUGGCUACAGUGCUAUGGUUACCCCAACCCGUCUGGUUAUGCGAAGUCCAUACAAUACAGCGGAGACUUAUUAUGAGGAUGUGGCUGGAGUUCCCAUGGAAGUUGUAAAGGUCAGCGCUUACUACAAGGCAAAACAUGGUCUGAGUGUGGUGAACUUGGCAGCUGCUUGUCCCACAGGUGGCGUCCUCUACACAAACGAUGUAAUCUCUUGGCACGUUCCUCGCCGUGUGACACCUUUGGUUGAUAGCAAGUUUAAAAUCCUAGAAUUGCACAUGGGCAUCAACGGGCAAAGGCUGGAUAAAUCUCAAAUGACUGCACGGGGGCAUACACUAUACUCCACAGACUUCCACAUCAUCAUUGAGAUCCAAGUGGGAUCGCCUGAUGGUUACUACAAGAGCCAUGCCCCAGAUUACCAGUACCACAUCACCUACACUGUGGAGCCCAUGCUUGAGUUACUGUGGAGGAGUAACGCUCAAGAUACCAGAUACAAGGUCUUGUACCCUAUUACCACCCCUCUAAUGCCUCGUCCUCCCCACGUCCAAAACGAUACUGUUCCAGAGAGCCGCGUGUUCAGCAUGUUCUUAGGCACAUUCCUUCAUGAUGUGCAGCUGAGGAACAUUACCUUUUCUACUGGGGUUCUCACUAUUGAGGAGUGCAGUGCCAGAGACUUUAUCAUCCAGGAGCACCUUUUCUCCAAUGGAACCAAGGGCUUCUCUUUACAAGUGCCCUUUAGUGAUGAGGUCGUCCUGAAACAUAAUCCUCAGCGCUUGGUUACAACCUACUUUCUCCAGUUGACCUUUGGGUUCAUCAUAUUGCCUGAAGGAACUCCCUUUGCCCACCCAGUGGAGUUGCAGGCAUCUUUGCAAGAUAUUGUGCUACCCGUUAUUACUGGCACCUGUGACCAGAACAUGUUUUACAUCCAUGUGAAAUAUGGAAGUCAAGGCAGAAAUUUCCAGGCAAUGGUUGGAUCUCAAACACUGACACCUGAGGUUGCUGAGGAAUACCACUUCCAAGAAAAUGGCACCCAUUUUAGCCUCAUACUGCCAUACAGUGCCAAGGACACAGUGUUUGAGCUGUUUACCUCAGCUUCAAUCAGAGCCAGAGUUGACCUACUUCUGUUUGAUACUAUUAACAACUGGGUGCUUGCUGACUACUUUCUGUCCUGCAACUUCCCCCUUGCAUCAACUGUGUGCUACCCCAACGGAACAAUGACCGCUUUGGCAGUAAAGGUGGAAUCGGUGCCAAAUCUCGUGCCAAGCCAGUUUACUCUGCAGGACAAGUCCUGCAAACCAGUGUUCAGUGACAUUCGUGUAGCAUAUUUCUCUUUCACUGGUGAUUCCUGUGGGACCACUAGAAGAUUCCUGGACCACUACAUGGUGUAUGAAAAUGAGAUUACCCUGGCCUACAACAAAGGACAAGCAUACACAUCACCAAUUGAUCCUGAGUACAGGCAAACUAUUUCUUGCUACUAUGUGAUCAAUGCAACUUUGAGUGUUGCGUUCAGCUCUACACACCGCAGCUUUAACCCCACCGCAGAGAUUGGCUUAGGGCAGCUAAUGGUGCACAUGAGGCUUUCCCAAGAUUCAUCAUAUCGUCACUUCUACCAAGCAGAAGACUAUCCAGUAGCAGAAUAUCUGAGGCAGCCUCUGUAUUUUGAGGUGGAGCUGAUGGAGUCUACUGACCCACAAUUGGAGCUCAUCCUGGAAAACUGUUGGGCCACCCUUAACAAUAACCGGACAUCCCUGCCAAGCUGGGACAUUAUUGUGGACAGCUGUGAGAAUCGUGAUGACAGCUAUAAGACUAUUUUCUAUCCCGUUGUGAGUGAUGCCAGAGUGUUGGUCCCAUCCCACAUCAAACGCUUCUCUAUGAAGAUGUUCACCUUUACUAAAGAUGAAGAGGUUGUGGAUGAUGAGAUUUAUGUCCACUGUGAUGCACUGAUUUGUGACAAUAAUAGCCAAGAUGGUUCAUGCAGAGGCCAGUGUGUGCAUCCUACUGGCCUGGGUGAUGACAAACAUCAAGGAACCAAAGGACUGAGAAGGGAGCGAGGAAGCAUGGACUACACCCACCAAAGGCAGAUCUCCACUGGACCUAUUGUUAGAAACACUCAGUCAAACCUAUUGAAAUAAAGACAAGUUUCUUAAACA